AUGCUUCCGAAACGGCCAGGCGUUUGUGACUACGUGCUGAUAGCGGUGUUGUUGGUGGGGUACUUGGUCGCGACGUCGUACAUAGUGCAGUGGUGCUCGCGCCGGGAGCAGCCCGCGCCCGCGCCGGCCGACGCGCUGGACGGGUACCUGCAGCAGUGCGGCGUCCCGGCGCCCGGCCUGCCGCGCCUGCGCGCCUUCAUCAACCACAGCCGCCGGACCGUCCGCAACCAACACAUCUACGGACCGACGCGACCCAACGACACCGUCAUCGUCAUUCUCGUCCGGAGCAACCAGACCGACCUCACUCGACUCAUCAGCGACUUCCAACUUGUGGCCGACAUCGAUCGAACCUUGCUAAUAUUCUCACACUUCUACGUCAGUCAGUACGCAAAUUGGGAAAUCGAGGCGAUAGAGUACACUAGAGUUCUGCAGAUCUUCUUUCCGUUCACGAGCCAAGUUUGUCCAGAUUUCUUCCCUGGGCCCAAUGAUCUGUACUGCGAGUACAAGGCGGACUGCGGGGUGGUGCUGCGGGGGGUGCGGGACGAGGGCUGCGCGCAGCGGAAGCUGUUCUGGUGGUGGACCGUCAACUUCGUGUUCGAGGUGGCCGACAUCGGCUUGUCCCACAACACCACCGUGCUCUUCAUGGAAGAGGAUGACAUCGUGACUCCAGACUUCCUGUACACUCUGAUGCUCCUAAAAGAUACAGCUAAAAGAGAGUGUCCAUAUUGCGACUUCCUGAGUAUCAACGGUAAUGAUCCAUCCAUUUACAAACGCCAAGAUAUCAGCCCGAACACUGCCAUCGAGUCUGCUUUCCAAGCGACAGAUUUUUCUUCAGGUUUGGCCUUUAACAAGACGAUCUAUUACAAGCUUAAAAUCAUGGGUGACUCGUAUUGCUUCUUCAACGACUGCGGGUGGCAGAGCUCGCUCCAGCACAUGACGGUGUCGGCGCGGCCGAUGCUGAGGUUCCACAUCCUGUACGUGGAGCUGCCGCGGCUGCUGAAGGCGGGGGCGCUGGCGGCGGCGCGGCUGCGGCCGGAGCAGCUGGACCGGCACAUGUUCCCGCCCGCCCUGCAUGUGCGCCGCGCCCCCGCGCCUGCCCCCGGUGACGUCACUGCUCGAGGCAACUUCGCCGACGUGCGGGACCGCUACCUCUGCAUGCUCUCUAUGGGGAUGAGGGUUUUCUAUACAAAUAACAACACUUCGCUUUAA